AUGUUCUGGAAGGUUUGGGAAGCUCUUUCCAAUCUUGAGCUCUUUCCUGGGAAAUAUGUAAAACCCGGAGAUCCUGAUGAGACAAGUUUGCCACCAGAACAGUCCAACUUUACUCCAUCAGUUUCCAAACUUCUUUCAUUUACACAGGCAGAUAUUCUAGAAUUUCGUCCAGAAGAUUCAAGUCACGUCGAAAAGCAUGGAGUUUCAGCAGCAUUUAUGGAAGCAGAACAUUGUGUCGUGGAUAUUGAAAGUUCAAACAAUGAAAGAUGGAGUAGCGACAACUUUCCAUGGGCAAAGGAGCUAGAGGAACUCGGCAAAAAAUUAUAUGUCAAUUUUUCUUUGGAACCGGAGCAAAGAGAAGUGAUCAAUGCAACUAUGAUUGGACACGAUGUUUUUGCAGAAAUGCCAGCCGGAUUAGGAAGUAGAGUGACAUAUGAGCUCCUUGCUCGUUUAUGUCCUGGGAUGACUGUGGUUGUUGUCCCAUUUGCUCCCGUAGUCGCCGUUCGAGUUGAGGAUCCAGUACCGGGAAGAAAAUCUAUGGGUCUAUCUGACUUAAUGAAGCUGACUGAACAACAGAGGACUCUGGGGGAGCUUGUGACAGAACGUUGUGAAUUCAAGCUGGUAUAUGUCACCGCUGACGACACAAUUACCCAGAGUAAGCUACUUCUGGAACACUUGAAAACUCUAUAUGAUCGUGAAUUGCUUACUAGAAUUUUCAUUGAAGAUGUUGAAUCUGGUCUUGGUAUCUUUAAACAGAAGUUUCCAAGUGUGCCUCUUGUGGCCUUGGCUUCUAUCCCCACAGACUGUGGCAGAGAUGAGGUAGUCAACAUUUUGGGCCUUGUGAACUACAUUCAUUUUAAGAAGAGGCGUAUACACUCGAGAGUCUCCUCCUCUAAACAAUCUAAACAGGGUAAAUGUGAACCAACUUCAUCAAAAUGCUCAUUGACAAUAGAAAAGUGUUAUGGCCUGGAAUCAGUCCAAAUUGUCAUGCACAAAUGA